UAUAUAUGCACUCUGAAUGUCCUAUUUCUCAAAAGUAAUGCAUCGGGUGUGACAUAUUGGCAGUUGAAAUUUGAUUAUUGAAAUCAAAUAAUAAUGUUUUUGAAUAUCGUCAAAUUGUUUGUCAUAUCAUGGAUUGUUCAAGGUGACGCGCAGGAAUCGAGAAUUGUAGGCGGUAAGGAUGCCUCCGACUCAUUGGCUCCAUACCAAGUGUCAUUAAGGAGCACCGACGGAUCAGAAGAUCACUUCUGUGCGGGCUCUAUUAUAAGCGAAAAUUGGAUUCUCACCGCCGCACAUUGUACCAAUGGCCUAGAAUCAGACCAGAUAGCCGCAGUGGUAGGAACAAACAAACUUUCAUCUGGAGGAGAUCAUUAUGAGAUAAAUAAAAUUAUAAUUCACGAGAAUUUUGUAGCUGAGCGUCUCCAGAAUGACAUAUCACUGUGUCAAAUAAAAGGCGAAUUUAACUUCAAUGAUAGGGUAAAACCGAUAAGGUUAGCUUCGAGACCUAAAAUUAGACCUGGAUCUAGGUGUGUAUUGACAGGGUGGGGAUUCACAGAUAACCAAAGAACAGUACCGGACAAUCUUCAAGUGUUAAAUGUAACGGUAUUGAGUAAUAGGCGAUGCUCAGAGAAACUGGCACAGACAAGAGAUCUUACACCUAUUGAAAAAACCCAAAUGUGCACAUUGAAUAGAGAAUCAGAAGGCGCAUGUAACGGUGACUCUGGCGGACCUCUAGUCAGGAAUGGAAAACAAGUGGGCAUAGUAUCCUGGGGAAUACCGUGUGCUCGUGGCUUCCCAGAUGUAUUCGUAUAUGUACCAGCAUACUAUGAAUGGAUUAAUGAGCAUAUACAAUAAAUGAAAUCAUAUUUCCAUACCAAAGAUUUUAGCAUUAUAGCAUUAUCAUAAUUAAUGAAGCGGGUGUUGUGCAGUUUAUUAAUCGAUUACUAAACAUACAUAUAUAUACCAAAAUGUAAUUAAAUAAUAUAAAACAAUUA